UCCGACCAGGCUCUCUGAUCAGGAAGCUACUAAAAGAAUGCCUGAGCCCUGACUCUUUUCAUCAAAGCAAACUAGAUCAGUUACCUUGUGACGUUUCUCAGACCAGCCACAGCAAGCAGUACUAGUACGCGUUCAAGGCACCAGCAUGACGACGCUCGCGUCUGUUCAGAUACUCCUACUCGUCGCGUCAGCUUCAGGGUCAUUGUUAACCGUCGCCGCCAGCACAUCGUCAGGCCUACCUGACGGAGCCACGUGCUACUACGACAAGAGCUACACCCCCAUCAAGCCCUUCUGCAAGCGAGACUUCGGGUGUUUGGUGACCAAGGUGAUCAGCAACUCUCCGCAUUUUAUGUUCAAAGGCAAAUGCGCCUCCGAUGUGCCUCUGGACCAGAUUACGAAGCAAUACUGCAUGUUUCGCUCCGUGAUGUUCGCACCUGGCACGAGCGGCAUCACGGCUUCCACCAUAUGUCCGCACUGCACGUGCCAGAAGCUCAAGGACGGCCCCACAUGCGUUUGUCCUCUGGGCAAACAGUGCAAGCAGGACGCCCUGGGGCGGUGGAAGGACGGCAUGCGAUGCAGAGGCAUCAAGCAGAACCAGUGUGAAUUAUCACGGUUUGUCAACGACACGUACAUUGGCAACUGCAUCAACACUGCUCAGGGUCCAAAUGAGUGCGUCAGUGCUGGACCAGGAUGGGGUCCGAUUUAUGUGAAGAACGGGGCUCACGACAUGGUCAAGACUGGAGAUCUCUGCCAGCGCUGCUCCUGCAUUAAAGGACAGUUUGUUAACUGCAAGCCCGUGCCCGGAUGUGUCAUGUGUGCACCCAAGGGCUCAAGCAACAGCAAGCAACAGUGCAGUCAGUGCUGCAGCAAGGCGACCUCACCAGCCGCUGUUCAGCUGUGCGAAACAGCUUGCAGCAGAGUCGUUCCAUAGCUGCUUGAAGUCCAAUCCGCUUACAAGCUCCUUGGCAUUUCUGGUUGGAUGAGGCUCACACACACUCAAAGGCAACCACUUAUUAUGGCAUCAUGACUCCAACGCUCCCAUCGUCCAUGUAUCUUCAUUUAUUGUGGAUGUAGAACACGUGGUGUACCGUUAGGUUAAGUGGUAGAUAUCUGUAGUAGG